AUGGUGGACGGAGACCAAGAGAGGAAUGGCUCCUUGAUCCUCAACUCAUGUCAGACAACCCCAGACAUGGCCUCCAUGUACUCUACAACGACAACAACCCUCGCUGCGUCGCCCAGAUACCCACUCCAACAGUUACCCGACGGCGCUUCUGGGCCAGGAACCCUCCAUCUAGCGCGACCCUUGCCCGCUAUUCCUGAGCCUCGCCGGAACUCUCAGACACAACAACGCCUGCCCUCUUCCUCCACCGCCCGACAAUCUACGACCGUUUUUCCAGUCGUCCGAACCCUUUCCAGCUUUAUGCCUCGUUUUAAUUCCCCCUCUUCUCUCCUCGCCCUCCUCAAGAACCCUCCUAUACUCGCUGCGCUCCUCGCCCACAUGGACUGGGUUGAUGUCUAUUCCGUUUUAUCUACUUGCAAACCCCUUCGCGCUAUUUUCCAGGACCCCGCUCUGCGCGACGUCGUCCUCUCUCGCUUCGUCCCUGGGUACGCCUACGCUGUGCGGGUCCGGGACAUGAAUCAGUACCAAGACGUCCAGGUAUCAGUGCACGAUCUGGAUCUCCUAUUGAUCUCACAAAAGGUUCUGCCGCAUCGAUACCCCACCCACGCCUUGCGCAUCCUCACCUCCUUGUUCCCGACGUUCGAGGACGAUGAGGCCACCGCAAAGCUAGUCGCACUCACACAGGCCCACUCGCGCUUCGUCCUGCUUCUCCAGUCCCUCGUGCACAGCUCCUCGCUCCCGUUGCCAUUAGAGCCAGAGGAAAUCAGAACAAAGUCCCGGUUUUCCCCAGUCCAGACCUUGCGCGAGCUGACUUUUCCAGCUCCCCUGGCUUAUGCCCCCGCCCAGCCUCAGUCGCCCUCAUCAAUUGCCCAGGACCUGGAAACCAUGCGCACAACAAGGCACAAACACAAGCACAAGCACAGCCGGUCCCAGCCCUCCAACACCAUCACCAGCAGGACAGAUGAUAACGCACACCUAGGUGAAUUUGGAAUGGCUGCGGCGUCGCCAAAAUUAGCACAGGUACACCCAUACGGCAGCGGCCCGUCCGCGAACAGGCUGUCGAGCAUGAUGAUGAUGUCAAUGUCGUCCAUACAGCCCCCAUCCGUUCGCAAGGGCAGAAGACUUUCUAUUUUUGGCAAAAACGCUUAUGGCAUCUCCCCUCCUCCCCCGGAAGAACCAAAGACGCUCAAGAUCUACUCGCACACCUGGCGUCGCCAUCGUGAGGUCUCCGUGGACUUCGGUGCCCUUAAGCGCCCGAGCAGGCGCUUCGCCAUCAGCGCGAGCGCGGAUGCGUCGAGUGAGAGCUCGAAUUCGGGGCCGCCGUCCAUUGCGGAGAUGCGCGAGAGCCAUCACUCGUCGUCUUCGGGCUCUGUGCACGCUGCGAGCUCGCCUCACGACUUGGUGCUCGCAACAUGCCGCACGCGUGCACCGAUCCUGCGCGUGUUCGUGCCGUGCGCGAAGCUGGACGAUGAAAACAUUGUGCAGUGCGAGAAACAGCUGGAGGAGUCUGGUCUUUGGGAGCACCUUUCAACAGGCGAUGUGGUUUGCAAUCUAGGGUACAUCCCACCGUCGCCGGAAGACCCGUCUUCGGACGAGGACUUGUCGAAUCUCACGCUGCAAAACCCGUCUUCGAGGCUGCGCAGCCAGUCGCAGCCGCAGCUUAUGCGCGGGAGCAGGCGCGGGAGUGGGAGCUCAGCGAGCGGCAGCGGUGCAGGUUCCGCCUCACCCUCCUCCGCACCGCAAAGCGGCAAGAAAUGGCUCAUCUUCAACGGGCAGGUCCUCGUGCCGUACACCCCACCGGACCUUCUCCCGCUCGCGGACCCCCUGAGCCUGCCCUCGCCGUUCUACUACACGCAUAUCUUCCCGCCGCACGCGAAUAUGUGCUUUGCGAUUGAGAAGCUGCCUGUGUGCGACGACGUGCCGCAGCUGACGCUCGUGCACUCGACGAGCAAGGUGCCGAGCCCGCACAGUCCGAAGGGCUAUGCGCUCGCGCGCCGCUUUGCGUGGACCGCGCGCGUGGUGCGUAUGCGUAUGGGCGACGAGAGCGAGGGCGAGGUGGGCGAUGGGUGGUUUGGAGAGUGGGUGUUGGAGUAUGAAGGCACGAAGGAGGGAAAGCAGGUGCUGCUUGAUGCGCUUGCGGGGAAGACGCUCGGUGGCCGCCGGGUGUGGGAGCUCGUCAGAGAAAAGAGCGGUGGUGGGAAGGUGUGGUUGAGGUGA